UUUGUUGACAGAAACACAUUUAUUGAUGUUUGUGUAAAUGUGUGUGUGAGUGCGCGUGCGCACGCACGCACGCACGUUUGCAAACAUGCCAACAUUAAAUCUGAAAUCAAUUUAUAUUGUAAGUUUUAUUUAAAUUUUUUAUGGAAAAAUGAACAUACAGAAGUUUGAAAGGGCAAAGUCUCCAAGGCACUCUCCCACCGGAACUGAGCAGGUUGCGUUACCUUCAAAUGAUUGACCUCGCUCGCAAUUACUUGAGCGGUCCAAUUCCUAAAGAAUGGGGCUCUCUGACGAAUAUUUAUAAAUUUGCUCUCCUCGGGAAUCGUUUAACGGGUCCAAUACCAGUGGAGAUUGCAAACUUAACUAAUCUCCAAAUCUUCGAGUUAUUUAACAAUCAAUUGUCUGGAACUCUUCCGCCGGAGAUUGGGUAUCUGCCGAAAAUUCAAGACCUGCGACUUUCCUCUAACAAGUUUUCUGGAGAAAUACCUGCGACAUUUGCCAAGCUCACUACAUUGCUAGAUUUCCGAAUUGAAGACAACCACUUCUCCGGAAAGAUACCUGAUUUUAUCCAGAACUGGAAAAAUAUCGAUACACUAAUCAUUCAAGGGAGUGGAUUAAGUGGGCCGAUUCCGUCUGGAAUAUCACUUUUGAGAAACUUAACUGACUUGAGAAUUAGUGAUCUGAAAGGAACUGAAUCUUCACCUUUUCCACAACUUAAUAAUCUGACAUUGUUAAACAGACUGAUUCUGAGGAAUUGCAACAUCAAUGGAAAACUACCUGAAUAUAUUGGGAAUUUGAAAGCAUUAAAACACUUGUUCUCUCUAAAGUAAAUUAAUAACCGUGGCAAACUGUGUUAUUAUGCUAUUAUUCAUUUCACACUCUAAAGUA